AUGUAUUUGUACAAUUUAACACUACAAGGUUCGUCAGCAAUCAAUCAGGCAAUUCAUGGAUCUUUCUGCGGAUUACCAAAACAGCAGGAAGUAUGCAUUGCUCGCGGCAAUCUUCUGCAGUUAUUGUUUUGUGAUCCGAAAACAGGAAAAAUUCAUAUUUUAUGCAGUCAUAAUGCUUUCGGUAUUAUAAGAUCAUUGUUGGCUUUUCGUUUAACUGGUGGAACCAAAGACUACAUUGUUGUUGGUUCGGAUGCUGGACGUAUUGUAAUCCUGGAGUAUAAUACCCAGAAAGUAUGUUUUGAAAGAGUUCACCAGGAAACAUUCGGGAAAACUGGCUGUCGCCGAAUUGUUCCAGGACAAUUUCUUGCUAUUGAUCCGAAAGGACGUGCGAUCCUGAUUGGGGCUGUGGAGCGUCAGAAAUUGGUAUAUAUUAUGAAUCGGGAUGCAUCGGCAAAUUUAACAAUCAGUUCGCCACUGGAAGCACAUAAAUCUCAUUGCAUCUGUUAUAGUGUUGUUGGUGUGGAUGUCGGAUUUGAAAAUCCUACUUUUGCAUGUUUAGAAGUUGAUUACGAGGAAGUUGAUCACGAUUCUACCGGACAUUUGGCUACGAAAAUUCCACAGACAUUAACGUUUUAUGAAUUGGAUCUUGGUUUGAAUCACGUAGUUCGCAAGUACGCUGAACCUUUGGUUGAUAAGGGAAAUAUUCUGAUUUCAGUACCUGGUGGACAAGAUGGACCUAGUGGUGUUAUUGUUUGUUGCGAGAAUUAUCUUGUUUAUAAAAAUCUGGGUGAUCAACCAGACAUUAAAUGUCCAGUACCACGAAGAAGAAACGAAUUGGACGAUUGUGAUCGCACCGUCAUUAUUGUUUGUGCCGCAACACAUAAGACAAAAUUGAUGUACUUUUUCUUGGUACAAACCGAUCAGGGUGAUAUUUUCAAAGUUACACUGGAAAGUGAACAUGACAUUGUCACUGAACUUAAAAUCAAAUAUUUUGAUACGAUACCAGUUUCAAAUGCCAUGUGUAUUUUGAAAACGGGAUUUUUGUUUACUGCAAGUGAAUUCGGAAAUCAUCACUUAUAUCAGAUAGCACAUUUGGGUGACGAAGAUGAUGAACCUGAGUUUUCAUCGCGAAUGCAGUUGGAAGAAGGUGAAACAUUCUUUUUUGCUCCUCGUGGACUCACGAAUUUGGCAGUUGUCGACCAGAUGGAUAGCCUAUCACCGCUUAUUUCUUCCUACAUUGACGAUUUGGCUAAUGAAGAUUCUCCUCAAAUUUACACUUUAAUAGGACGUGGCGCACUUUCUGCAGUCAAGGUGCUACGCAAUGGCUUAGAAGUAACAGAAAUGGCUGUCUCUGAAUUGCCUGGUAAUCCGAAUGCAGUUUGGACAGUGAAACGAAACAUUGAUGAUAAAUUUGAUUCCCAUAUCGUUGUUUCCUUCGUUAAUGCAACACUCGUAUUAUCUAUUGGUGAAACUGUCGAAGAAGUUACGGAUUCUGGCUUUCUUGGUACAACACCGACACUUGGCUGUGCACUUAUUGGCGAUGAUGCUUUAUUGCAAGUGUAUCCAGACGGUAUUCGACACAUUAGGGCUGAUCGACGAGUAAAUGAAUGGAAAGCACCUGGUAAACGUACAAUUAUGAAAUGUGCGCUGAAUCGAAGGCAAGUAGCAAUCGCACUUGCCGGUGGUGAACUCGUCUACUUUGAACUUGACGUGACUGGGCAACUGAACGAAUACACCGAACGACGUGAGCUGCCUGCUGAUGUCCUAUGCAUGAGUUUAAGUGAAAUUCCUGAAGGGGAGUUACGGUCUCGUUUUCUUACAGUAGGCUUGGCUGACAAAACAGUACGAAUUAUAUCCUUGGAUCCACAAGAUUGUCUUUCACCACUUAGUAUGCAAGCACUGCCAUCAGAACCGGAAUCAAUUAUUGUGCUGGAAAUGUUUGGCACCGAAACACAGAGUGCAUCAACUGUUCAUUUGAAUAUUGGUUUGCAGAAUGGCUGCUUGCUUCGAACCACUGUGGACCAGGUUACAGGUGAACUAACCGAUAACAGAACUCGCUAUCUGGGGACGAAAAGUGUAAAGUUGUUUCACGUAAGGAUACAAAGUAAAGAUGCGAUCAUGGCCGCAUCAUCACGAGCUUGGCUUUUGUACGAUUACCAGAGCAGAUUUCAUCUUACCCCCCUUUCAUAUGCAGCUCUGGAAUUCGCAGCCGGUUUUUCAUCGGAACAAUGUCCAGAAGGAAUUGUAGCUAUCGCGGAAAAUACUUUGAGGAUUUUGUCGCUUGAAAAGUUGGGAGCCGUUUUUAAUCAUGUUGUGCAUCCACUGGAUUAUACACCUCGGCGUAUGGUAGUGCAUAAAGCAUCCGGAAAUCUGAUUAUAAUUGAAAAUGAUCAUGCCGCUUUCACGGUAAAAGGGAAAAUGGAACGUCGGAAACAGCUUGCUGAUGAACUAAUGGAAGUAGCAAAGGAGGCAGAAGAAGCGGACCAGCAAGCAGUGAAAGAAAUGGCUGAUGCAAUUCGGAAAUGGGCUUCGACAGUUCGAGUUAUGCGCAGUAAUGAUGGUGAAACGCUUUCACAUUUUCCUUUCGCUGAGGAUGAAGCUGCAUUUGCGAUAGCGAUGGUGCAGUUUCAGAAUCAAAGCGACACACAGUUUGUGUUGGUUGGUUGUGGUUGUGAAUUACAAUUGAAACCUAGAAAGGCAAACGGCGGAUGCAUUUAUACCUUCCUGCUAGCAGCUAAUGGCACUACACUUCAGCUGCUACACAGAACGGCAACUGAUGAAGUGGUAAAUGCUAUUCAUGAUUUUCGUGGAAUGGCGUUAGCUGGAGUAGGGAAAAAAGUACGACUGUAUGACCUUGGUAAGAGGAAAUUGCUUGCUAAAUGUGAAAACAGACAAAUACCUACACAAGUUGUUGACAUCCGAUCAAUGGGACAACGUAUAGUUGUAAGUGAUUCGCAGGAAUCGGUGCAUUUCAUGCGUUACAAAAAACAGGAUGGUCAGUUAUCGAUAUUCUGCGAUGAGACAUCUCCACGUUACGUAACAUGUGUCUGUCUGCUGGAUUAUGACACAGUUGCGGUUGGAGAUCGUUUUGGAAAUAUUGCUGUGUUGCGAUUACCGAAAGGUGUAACUGAAGAGGUGCAAGAAGAUCCUACUGGUGUACGUGCGCUAUGGGAUCGAGGAAAUCUGAAUGGAGCUUCACAAAAAUUGGAAGCCAUAGCUCACCUCUAUAUUGGCGAUGCGAUAACAUCAAUGCAGAAGACAUCUCUAGUCCCAGGUGCGAACGACUGCUUAUGUUAUACAACGAUUUCAGGAAUUAUUGGAAUUUUGGUACCAUUCAUGUCCAGAGAUGAAUUUGAAUUUUUCCAAAACCUUGAAAUGCAUAUGAGAGUGGAAUAUCCACCGCUUUGUGGUCGUGAUCAUCUUGCAUAUCGUUCCUAUUACUUCCCUGUUAAGUCAAUUAUCGAUGGUGAUCUUUGCGAACAGUACUCAUUAAUGCCAUUGGAUAAGCAGAAAUCGGUUGGCGAAGAACUGGGAAGGAAGUCGACUGAGAUUCAUAAGAAGUUGGAAGAUAUCCGAACUCGUUAUGCGUUUUAA